UACUAAUCAAAAAACACUUAAAAUAUCUUAAAAUAUUUUUUAUUCUAUUUUGAAAAAUUAAAUAUUUUGAAAAUGGAAAAUUAGAGAGAGAGAGAGAGAGAGAGAGAGAGAGAGUCUUUGAGCUUUGGAAGAUAAACUAUGUUAGAGAGAGAAAAAGAGAGAAGGGAAAAUUUGCUUGAGUCCACCUGAAGAGUAAGCAAGCUCUGAGUAUUUGGUGCUAAUUAUUUUUUGGGUGCUUUUUUAAUAUUUCCAGAUUGCUUAAUGUAGGAGAGUUCUAUGUCUGGGUGACUGAGUUACUGAAAGCUUGUCUACUCUUUGAUUCCUGGUUGAGGAUCUGAAACACUUGUCUGCAUUUGAAGGCUGUCUGCAUGAAAAAUGCACUUUAGGUUGUGCUGAUAUUGCACUGGGUCAAUAUUCAUGGUAUCUCACCUCGGGGGUUUGUCCCAUUGAAGUUGAACUGAAUGGAGAGAAAUCUCGGGAAGGGCACUGGGGAUCAACAGAUUCGAUACAGCAAUGUUGAAAGUAGAGAUGAGGGAUUUGGGUCUGCAAAUCAAAGAUUUUCCCAGGAUCCAUCGAGUAAUAUUAACACCAACUUGCGACCUCCAGAUCACAAUAUGUCAGUUGCAGCUAGACCUGUGAAUUUCUCCAUUCAAACUGGUGAGGAGUUUGCAUUUGAAUUUAUGCGGGAAAGGGCGAAUCCAAGGCAGCAGUUCAUUCAACAUUCUUAUGGUGAGCCUCACAGUACAACUGGGUAUAUGGAGCUCAAAGAUAUACUGGGAAAUAACCUCAGAGGUUCAGAAAGUGGGUCAGAUAUCACAAUGCUCAACUCGGUGGAAAAGGGCCACAUUCAGGAUUUUGAGAAAGGGGGAUCUUCCACACAUGAGGACAAAAGUUGUUAUGAUUCUGUGCGAUCAGUGCCACGAACCUCAUCAAGGAAUGACGUUAAUCGAGGACUUCAUGGUUAUGCCUCAUCGGGGGCCUCUGAUAGCUCAUCAACAAAGGUGAAGUUCCUCUGCAGCUUUGGUGGUAAAAUUUUGCCUCGUCCAAGCGAUGGAAAGCUUAGAUAUGUUGGUGGUGAAACACGUAUUAUCCAGAUAAGGAGGGAUAUUUCUUGGGAGGAUCUUGUGCAGAAAACAUUGACAAUUUACAAUCAAACUAAUUCGAUAAAAUAUCAGCUUCCUGGUGAGGAUCUUGAUGCAUUAGUGUCUGUAUCUUCUGAUGAAGAUCUACAAAAUAUGAUGGAUGAAUGCAUUGUACUGCAAGAUGGGGGAUCACAGAAACCAAGGAUGUUCUUGUUUUCUAGUGUUGAUUUGGAGGAUGCUCAUUUUGGCCUUGAAAACCCUGAGGGUGAUUCUGAGGCUCAGUAUGUAGUUGCUGUGAAUGGUAUGGACUUAAUUUCAAGAAAGAGCUCAAGUGCUUUGGCGAGUGCUUCAGGAAACAAUUUGGAUGAGUUACUCAGCCUAAAUGUUGAAAGGGGGAGUGGUCGAGUAGUGCCAGAAUUAGCCGGGUCCAGUACUGCACAUUUGACAAUUAAUGCACCUUCAUUGACUACUCAAUCAUCUCAACCGCUGCCACCAAGCUCAACUAAUGCUUUCGAAUCCAAAUCACAACCUUACCAGGGACAGAGGACACAUCAUGGAGAAGCUGGGCAGCAUCUGUUCUCUCCUUUCAACCCAUUGGAGAGCUUCCCUAAGAAAGAUGAUAAGACUACUGUUCCUUUGUCUGUUCCAUUGCAAUAUGUUUAUGGUUCUGACCGUUCUAACCAUGCGGCAGCUGGGGAGAAUUUACCUCCAAUACAUGUCCAUAGCCAUCUGACUCAACAGGCAGGUUUAAAUGAGCAGCUGUAUAGUGGCUUUCAUGCACAAGAUUCAGAAGUAUCUGUGAAAGAGCCGAAAUUGAAAAGAGAUAGCUCGGGCCAGAAGCUAAAUGAACCUGAGAAAAUUCAAUUGCCGGAGAAGGAAGCAUCAUUUAAGGAGUCAAAAAUGAAAAGAGAGAGCUCACUCCAAAAGAUAAAUGAAACUGAUAAAGAUCAAUCUUUGGCCCAUGAGUAUGAUGUUUCUUCUCAUCCACAUGAUUCUUCUGCUCCGAAUUAUAUUUCUAGGGAAGAAGCAUUGAUUGCUAGUUCAGCAGCAGAAAUAGGAUCUCCCUUGGUGUCUAUGAAAAGUAAUAAAAAGCUCCAGGAAUCCAUUCAGAAAAAAAAGCUCCCUGAAGGAGUACAUGAUGGGACAAAAAAUAGUGAUGAUGGCCAUUUUUAUGCAUCUGGUGGACGGUUCCCUCCGGGACAUGGUGGCUCUGAGGGUUAUCCAGCUGACUUUAUCUAUGAAUCAACCAUGGUUCCUCCACCGGUUUUUCAUUCUGAGCGUUUUCCCAGGGAGCAGGCAGAGUUGAAUCGUUUGUCCAAAUCUGAUGAUUCCUUUAAUCCUCAGUUUCUGAUGACUCAAGCACGUUCUGAUCGUUCUCAAUCAAUUGCCGAAUCAGUUGAUAAAUUUCAUGAUGGGCAACAUGUUUAUUUGCAGACUGAGCAGGUGAUUUCAUCUUCAAAGCAACUAUAUACAAAUAGUCAGACUGUUGAAGAUGAACUGGCAAAAUUCGGAAAAUAUAAAGAGUUUGCUGACAAUAUUAGUAACAUAAAUUCCAAUAUUUCUGGGGACGCACUUGAGUCAAAUUUACAGAGAUCUGAGUUGAGACAUGUAAUUAAUCCUGUGGAUAAUCGUGGAUUGGCCUGGGUAAAAGAAAACUACAAAGACGCCUCUAUAAAGGAUACAGAUGCAGCUGGUUUGAACAAUCUAACAGCAAGUCAAGGAACUUCUGGCAAGCACAUGGAAGAGUCUGCUGUUGUUGGCACUCCUGAGCAAGGGGACAUUCUUAUUGAUAUAAAUGACCGCUUUCCUCGUGAUUUCCUGUCUGAUGUAUUCUCAAAGGCGAGAAUCUCAGAAAAUCUCUCUGGUAUCAGUCCACUGCAUAGUGAUGGAACUGGCUUGAGCUUGAACAUGGAGAAUCAUGAACCUAAGCAUUGGUCAUACUUUCGAAACUUGGCUCAGGAUGAGUUUGUUAGAAAAGAUGUUUCUCUUAUGGAUCAAGAUCAUCUGGGUUUCUCAUCCCCACUUACAAAUGCUGAGGAAGAGGUUGCUAUAGAUUACAGCUAUCCGCCUUUGAUGUCUGAUGGAGUUGCUCUUAGUAACAUUGACUCCCGUAUCAAUUUUGAUGAGGACAUUCGACAAGGGUCUGUUGUUAUUGGAUCCAACACCAUGAAUUUGCAUCCAGAUUACAGUCCUGAGCUCAAGGGCAAUGAAAGUGUGCAGUUGGAUGGGGUUAACCUCAGAAUGCCAGAAUCAGAUUAUCAGGAUGGGAAAUUGGAAAUUCAGAAUACUGGUGCACCUCUUGUUGAUAUUUCUCUUGAAGAUUUUGAUAUUAGUACCUUGCAGAUCAUAAAGAAUGAAGAUCUUGAAGAGCUGAGGGAAUUGGGUUCUGGCACAUUUGGGACUGUUUAUCAUGGAAAAUGGAGAGGAACUGAUGUUGCCAUUAAGCGAAUAAAAAAGAGCUGUUUCACAGGUCGCUCAUCAGAGCAAGAAAGAUUGACUGUGGAGUUCUGGCGUGAAGCUGAAAUUCUUUCAAAGCUUCACCAUCCCAAUGUGGUGGCAUUUUAUGGAGUGGUGCAAGAUGGACCUGGAGGAACACUAGCAACUGUGACAGAGUUCAUGGUAAAUGGCUCGCUUAGACAUGUGUUGCUAAGCAAGGAUAGGCAUCUUGACCGCCGCAAGCGACUCAUUAUUGCAAUGGAUGCAGCUUUUGGAAUGGAAUAUUUGCAUUCAAAGAAUAUUGUUCAUUUCGAUUUGAAAUGUGACAACUUGCUUGUCAACCUUAAAGAUCCUUUACGACCUAUUUGCAAGGUAGGAGAUUUUGGCUUGUCAAAAAUUAAAAGAAAUACCUUGGUUACUGGUGGUGUAAGGGGAACACUUCCAUGGAUGGCUCCAGAGCUAUUAAAUGGUAGCAGCAGUAAGGUCUCUGAAAAGGUUGAUGUGUUCUCGUUUGGUAUUGUCCUAUGGGAGAUUCUCACAGGUGAGGAGCCUUAUGCAAAUAUGCACUAUGGAGCAAUAAUAGGAGGCAUAGUGAACAACACAUUGAGACCGCCUGUGCCAAGCUUUUGUGAUUCUGAAUGGAGACUACUAAUGGAGCAGUGUUGGGCCCCUGACCCAGUGGCCCGUCCAUCAUUUACAGAGAUUGCCAGGCGCUUACGUGAGAUGUCUGCAGCUUGCCCAACUAAGCCACAGGGUCAUCAGCCACAGACCUCAGUGCCCAAGUGAUUGUCCUUGACGAUUCCCUUAAGCCAUUCUAGCUCUUAUCAAGCUUUUGUGAUGACGAGUGUUGUUUAUCUUUGUAUACCAUGUAAAGAUUGUGUAUUAUAUAAUUAGGGAGGAGGAGCUCCCAUUUAGAGGGUGAAAUUAUAGGUUGGAACCAAAUCAUCAUUGGACGGUAUGAUCGUGUUUGAGAGAAAGCUGAAGAAAAUUGGUUUAUAUGUAAAGCUAUUUCUUUGUAUCCAUAGUAAAUACAGACAUUUGGUAUUAUGUGUGAAACUGUGAAUAACAAAAUACAAAUUUGUCUU